GCGGCGCCGGGGAAACCUGCAAGCUGUGGCCGGGCAGGGAAGCGGCCUUUUCCGCCGCGGAGCGAGAGGCCAGGCCGGUGUGGGGUGAGCACAUCGGAGUCCAUCGAAGCCUCUGCGGGGCUGACCGGGAGGACGCGGCGGGGGCCGGGAAGGACGAAGCUGCACGCCUCCCCACCCCUCCUCCCAUUUUCACGACAGGUAAUCGGGGCUGGAGCCCGGCGCGCAUUGCAAAGCCAGAUCCGUGCAGGUGGAAAGAGCGCCUUUGGAGGCCUCCUGCCCCUUUAAGAGGGAUGCUGCAGGCAGAAGUUCGACAGGCUCGCCUCCUCCCGACCCCGCGUGCCUUAAGGCAGAUCUAGCAGGGAGGGGUUUCCCACCCCCCAGCCUGAAUUCUGGAUAGGCAUAAGUGAAAAGCCGCCGCCAUGGCUGCCGACCCUGUCCUGUCCUCCAAGCAGGCUGAAGAGGUGGUCCGGGGCAUCCCGACGGAGGUGGUGUGCACGGCUUUUGGGAACACGAUCCUGGUGGUGGUGACGCAGUACAGGAAGAUGGGGACCCUCGUCUUGGUGGAGCCGAACGUGGUGGCGGACGGCAUCAGCACCCCCUUGCUCACCACGAAAGUACUCCUCGGCAAAGAUGAGCCUCUUAUCCACAUCUGUGCCAAGCAUCUCGUAACCUCGGUGUCCCAGGAAGCGGGGAAUAAACCGGUUCUCCUGGCGAUGGCCUUGAAGGAUAAAAGCAUCGAGGGAAUCCGAAUUCUGCAGGAGGUGAUCUGCCGGUGCCGUGUGUGGUGAGAUGCCUCCAGCGUGAAAGCCAUUAUGCCUCCCGGAGACGUCCUCUUCCUCUACCUGAACUGGACUUUGGCCCUUUUGGCCGGACCUUGUUUUUGGAUGUGAACUAUAUGCUUUUGCCACACGGUUUGGUUUCUUUCUGUUUCGUUCCUGGUAUUAUUAUUAUUUAGAACAUAGAAAAAAACAAAAAAAAUAUUGGGAUAGCGAGAUUAGAAAACAUAAGGGCAAAAUUCAUUCGUAACAGGCUUGACUUCCUAAUGGGAAUCUACUCCUAGCAAGCUGGCUGUGUAUAACGUAGUGUAACUUAACAAAAAAAAAUCUCUCCAAAUCUCCGUUCUGAUCCUCGGAUGUUGUCGUUUGUGUGUGAAUACAAUAUUCAAAAUGAAGAA